AUGGAAAUCGGAAUCAGGUGCGCGGCCGCACCUAGCGAGCCUCCGCGACUCUCUGACGGGCGGCGCGCGUAUGCAGUGAUAAUGGAGACUCUAGUUCUGAUACCUCAGGAGUUGAGCUUAGCCCUAAGGCCGGGUGGUGCCAGGGGUCGCGAGGCAUCCGUUAGCGUUUGGACCUCGACGGAGCUGCAACGGGGCUCCCUACUGUACCCAUUCCAGGGUACCAUAAGGAUAGACAAGCUACACGUAUAUUCUUAUGUUCCAGAUCAUGAUAUUCGUCAUCGGUUCGGGCUUUUCGACGAAGUAUGUACUUCUGGGGGGAUCCAAGCACGGCAUUGUAACUGGGUCAGGUUUCUCCGAGUCUCAGAGAACUAUGGACCACAAGUAAAUUUAGUAUGCACCAAAAUAAAGGGCGAACCGGUGUACGAAGCUGUGAAACCUGUAUCGCCACAUACUGAACUCAUAGUUUACUUCCUACCGGAGCGGCCUGAGGAACUCUUCUUUGUCAGGAUGAGGAACAAUUUAUACAGACAGACAAUGGACUCUAUAUUGGAAGAUUCUCCAUUAGACCUGUCCACUUCCCUGUUAUCUCGCGUCCUUCUGCCCAUAUCGCCACCAUCGGGCGCCGAGGACGAACGAAAAUCGGUGUCGGGCGACUCCCUGACCUCGUCGUCAGUCGGCUCCUCCACUGACCUCCUGGAAAUGACCCCAAAAAUUCAAAGGCGGCCUGCGAAAUCCGAGAGGGCGCUGCUACCAUGCGAAGUGUGUGGGAAAGCGUUUGAUCGACCCUCCCUUCUGAAGAGGCAUAUGCGGACGCACACUGGUGAAAAACCCCACGUGUGUAUGGUUUGCAACAAAGGCUUCAGCACGUCGAGUAGUCUGAAUACGCAUAGAAGGAUACACUCGGGAGAAAAACCACAUCAAUGUCAACACUGCGGCAAGAGGUUCACAGCCAGCUCCAAUUUGUACUACCAUCGGAUGACACAUAUAAAGGAAAAGCCGCAUAAAUGCAGCCUUUGCUCGAAGUCUUUUCCCACGCCAGGGGAUUUGAAGUCCCAUAUGUACGUCCACAGCGGCUCUUGGCCCUACAAAUGCCACAUUUGCUCCAGAGGAUUUUCGAAACACACAAAUCUCAAGAACCAUCUGUUUCUGCAUACCGCAAAACAUCAAAGGAACGGCGCAAGGGAAGCGACC